ACAUAACGAAGAUCAAGAACUAGGCUGAUGUGGGAAAAUGUUCCGGACAUCAAUUGUUUCAUUUUUAUUCGUCUCGUUUCUACUUCCCUUAUGUUUCCCAGUUCAGCAUGCUGCAAAGAAGGCAAUUAUUGAACAGUCACCAGCCUUUAUCCGUGUCCCUGAAGGAGAUUCCAUCACGAUGACUUGCUUGUUAAAAACUGAGGAUAAAGAAGAAGGGAUUUACUUGAUGAGACGUCGUGCAGCAGCCGAGAAAGUGGCUUAUGUUUCAAAGGAUGGAAAUCAACAAGUCUUUUCCAACUUCACCCUUCGUAUUGAGGCCUCAGGACCAGCAAAAAACUUGACAAUAACCCUGCAGCAGCUACAGCAAAGUGAUUCAGGUUUAUACUACUGCCUUGGUGUCAUGCAUGAUGCUAGCUUCCCAACUUGGAAGGGAACAGGCACCUUAGUAAUAGUUACAGAUCAAAAUAAAAUUACUGAAAAGUUGGAAGCCCCUAUUAGUGGCCAGAAAGGAGACUCCAUCAAUAUAACGUGUGCAACAGAAACUAAGGAGAAGGAUGUAGAGGUCUACUUGAUGAGACAAUAUGUAGAUCCCAAGACAGUGAUUCAUAUUCCAAAUGAUGGAACUGAAGACAUCUCUUCGGCAUUCACCGAUCGCAUUGAGUACUCGGGUCCGCCACACAACAGGACAAUAACUCUGCAAGGGCUACAGCAAAAUGAUACGGAUGUAUAUGUAUGUGUUAGUGCUGUGCUUACUCCCAGUCCCUAUAUUGUGAAAGAAACGAGUACCCUCGUGGUGGUUACAGGUAUUGUGCUUUCUCCUCUUUAACUAAAAAA